AUGAACUUAGAUCAAUUUCACUACAUUGACUACAUUGACUUCCCUCCACUUGAAAGAAAUGGAGAGAGCUACGUGCUGAUACUGCACUCCACGCUGUCCCGCUUCCAGUUUGACUUCACUCUGCCUCAGGUCACCUUCACCUCCAACGGUUACCACAAGCACAUCACACUCACCUUCAACCCCACUCGUAAAGUGCCUGACCAGGAUGUAGCCCAGGGCUCGUACAUCGCUCUGCCCCUCACCCUGCUGCUCCUGUUGGCAGCAUACAACCACGAGAAGGUAAUCCCCCUCCUGCUACAGCUGGUGAACCGUAUCCAGGGAGUAAGGAGCAUGUCCCAGGUCAGCGCGGACAACGCUGCUCUGGACGAAGCCAAACGUCAGGCCAAGAGACAGAAGGCCCGGCGCACAUAAGGACCGAACCACGGCUCACCUCAGACCACAUCUUUGCCCACUAAAUAUUACACUUGCAACCAUGGUUACUGCCUGUUUACUAACUGUUGGCUCACAGUUGAUCCCAGUUCACAAGAUAAAUACCCCAGGGUGCUAGAGAAAUAUUGGGUGCGCUAAAGAUGUGAUUUGACCCCGUGUGAAGACCAACACAAACCACUCGACGCACAUCAGAUUCACUGGACUGAAGUUUUACAGGUUGUUUUCCUCCAUUGUUUCCACAGCACUCAUUGUCUAAAGAAAAUUGUUAAUAUUUGUGAUAGAAUAUGAGCCAUUUUUAUACCUUUGUAAUUUAUCUAGGUCAACGAAAAUCAUUUGCUUAUGUUUUGAAGGCACUUGAAUGCUUUUGAUAUCAGUCUUAACAGAGUUUAGGACACCAGGGAUGGUCACGUGUCACCUAUCAGCGUUUGGGUCAAUUCAGAUGAAAAACAGGGGUAUUUACACACUGCGGUGACAAAGAGGAUAUUUAAACUGUCUACUUUAAUAUUACCUUUUUAUAGGACAAAAAAAGGUCAAUAUAAUUUAGAGCCUGUGAAAGGAUUGUGAGAUCUCCAUCUAGAAAUAAACCCUUGUAUUCAUUUUCAAAUUUCAUUUACUCUAAUUAGGCUUAUUGACCCUUAUUUGACCCCGUUGUCAAUAAACUCAAUCGAGCUGAAUUGACUUAAAUAAUUCCAUCACAAACAUGGGAUUGUGUAACUGUUAACUAUCAUCAAAAGACAGCAAAAGACGUGGACAAGCUUCAUACCAUUGUCCGUCAUGUUAUAUAUAUUUAAAAAAGAAAACACGAGUUACUGCCAUGCACUCCACCUCUUAUAUGUUGUUUAGCGUGACGCAAGGUCGACUUUUUGUCCGUUUCAGCUCAGGAAAGCGGUGGUCGAUAGAUGCUGGAAAUUUGGGUUUGAAUAGAGAAUUUUGUUUUUUUCUGUGGGUGGGCGGGUUGGUAGGGCGGGUUGGUAGGGCACUAUAGCAGAUAACAGAUAGUUGAUUAAUUUAUUAACAUAAUGUCUAAUCAGAUGUGAAUGAUUACUUAGUUUGUGUGCUGGGGGAAUGCCUCUCAGAAGUGUUUUUUUUUUCAAAUGGUGUGUGUUUUUUUUUUUUAAAGAACUUCCUUAAUUUCAAGAAGACUGACAUCCACAUACCGUAGAGAGCUACGACAGAAUAUCAUAAGCUCCUUGUCUUACCGCUGAGCUUUGUAAUGCACUGUGAAAAUGAUGGUCCCCAAUAAUUCUUCUGUAUUUAAUUAAUCGGCUCUCAGUUGUGUUCCUGAAAGAUGAAAAGGCCACUGACUAUUAACUAGAAGAUAUUCCAAUUAGUCUUUAUUAAGGAGGGGGGGGGUUAGGUUUGUUCAUAUUUGUAGCAGAAUACUGUAAAAAAAUAAAGUUG